CAAUGUCCACUUCCUAUACCGUCAAAACAGAAGAAACCAACUCUACUCUGGCUGGUUUCUCUAAAACCCAAUCCAACACACCUUCAUCCCAGUCUAAUGAGAGGAGAGGAAGAAGAAAACAAGCAGAGCCAGGGAGGUUUCUCGGCGUAAGGCGCCGCCCUUGGGGAAGAUAUGCUGCUGAAAUCAGAGACCCUACAACCAAGGAGAGGCACUGGCUUGGGACCUUUGAUACUGCUCAUGAAGCAGCUCUUGCUUAUGAUAGAGCUGCUCUCUCCAUGAAAGGAACCCAAGCAAGAACUAACUUCAUUUACUCUGACAAUACCAACUUUCACUCCCUCCUCACACCUUUUGAUGCUCAACCCUUCUUACAACCUUCACUGUUCCUUGCCAAUGCCAAUGCAAGCCCUCAGGUCACUACCACACAAACCAGCACUGACCAGUGUAAGCCUAAAGCUUCCAAUGAGUCAGAUUCCAUUAAUGAUAACUUCUUUUUCUCUUCUGAUUUUGAGUCAGGUUACCUAGAGAGUAUCCUUCCUGAUAAGUACUUGAAAAAUGCUUCAAAACCCACAAAUUUAAGUGUCCAUGAUUGUAGUAGUUUCAGCACUUUCUCUGAGACACAGAACCCAAUCAUGAUGGUUCCUUCUCCUCUGGAAGUUCAACAUCAUAGCAACAACAACAACAAUACAGCUUCAAUGGAAAACUUGAAUGGAUCAGCAAAGGAUUUGGGUUUGAACUACACCAAUAAUAAUCUCCCUUUUUUGGAAGAGUUUAAUAAUGGGUUUUGGGGUUAUGAGCAGUCAUGGGAGCUUGCUACUGCAAUGGAGGAGAACCCAUUAAUGGUGGAAGAUGAGUUUCUUAAUGGAACUUUCUACCCUUACAUUGACAGUCCUGGGUACGGGUUCAUGCCACCUCAGAUUACUACUCCUUCUGAAACUUUUAAUUCUCCACCACUUUCCUCUUGUAGUGAUGUGAUAGACUUGGGUUACUCUUUAUUUUGA